UGUGUGUGUGGUGUUAGAACCACAAACACUGGAGUUGUUGCUGUGAAUCAUUUUUUAAGACGCCACGCAGAAGACCCUCGCACAGGACGGCACCCACCAACACACACACGCACACACACACACACACACACACAGACAGAGCCAUGAUGGAGUACUACCAGACAUUAGGAGUCCAGAAAAAUGCGACGCAAGAGGACAUCAAAAAAGCUUACAGAAAACUGGCAUUGAAGUGGCAUCCAGACAAGAACCCAGACAACAAGGAUGAAGCAGAGAAAAGGUUCAAAGAGCUGUCAGAGGCCUAUGAAGUGCUCUCAGAUGAAAACAAGAGGAAUAUUUAUGACCGAUAUGGCAAAGAAGGUCUGUCAGCAGGAGGAGGAGGAGGAGGAGGAGGAGGAGGAGGCCAUUACGAUCACUUUGGCGGCAGCAGCUUCACAUUCCGUAAUCCCGAGGACGUUUUCAGGGAAUUCUUCGGUGGCAGAGAUCCAUUUGCAGAUUUUUUUGCUGAUGACCCCUUUGAUGAUUUCUUCGGAGGUGGUCACAGUCGCCAUAGGGGCGCAAGCCGAAGCAGGACGGGAGGGUCGCUCUUUGGUUUCGGGCAUUUCCCAGCGUUUGGACACGGCAUCACCGGGUUUGAUUCAGGUUUUAGCUCAUUUGGAGAUAUGGGCGGAGGAAUCACUUCCUUCUCCUCUUCAUCUUUUGGAGGCGGGGGUGGAGGAACGGGUAACUUUAGAUCUGUGUCAACCUCCACCAAGUUCAUCAAUGGCAGAAAAAUUACUACAAAACGGAUCGUGGAGAAUGGCCAAGAGCGGGUGGAGGUGGAAGAGGAUGGUCAGUUAAAAUCUCUAACAGUUAAUGACGUCGCAGCUGAAGAGCACGAGGACGAGUUUCGUCGCCGCAGACAGAACGCACUCCCCAGCCAUGGUUUGCACCAGCGCUACCUGAGGAACUCCGCCCAAAACCCCUCAGAGGAAGAGGAUGAGCACGGCCUACAGAGCCUGGGACUAACGAGAGGACACAUGGACAACAAAAGGAAGAAACCAUGGCUAAAGGAUGCUGAGUCCAAAAAGAAAAGAGCUGCUCGACUCUUCCCCCGAUUCGGUGGACUUGGUGCCUUUUUUUAAACCCCCUCAGUCACAUACUUACAUGCACACACACCUAUAGUAUCUAUAUUUGUUGGCAGAAGUGCCAUCAAUUAUACGUGGCAUUAGCUCAUCUUUGCUUUGUAUCAGAAGCCCCGCUUUCAUCAGACAAUUGGUAGCCUGUUGAGAUCUCACUUUUUCAUGUUUUCUUUUAUCCAAGAUACAUUUUUAUUUUAGUGAAGCUUCUGCUAAUUCUGUAUUUAUUGUGGGUGGGCCCUGUGGAUAUACUGUACAGUGAGAAUUCUGAACCGUAAUUAAUCUCCAGUGAUUGGACUUUUCCACUUUUUGCAGCACGUGUUUUAAAAGUGUUGUUGGGUUUGAAAGUGUGCAGGUGGAAGGAGAAUUACAGUAGCAGCCUUGUUUGUGAUGAGCGUGAAUAUUACUGCACUAAUGCUGUAUAGCAUGUAAGAAUAAGUGAAGGUCAGUCUAUUCAGUGGAUCUUUUUUUUUCAAUAGAGAAAAGGGAACGAGAGGGAUAUCUGGAGACUAAAUGACAGUAGUGAAGAGUGAGGAACAUAACAGAAACACGUCCUCCAUCAUACAUGAAAACUGACAAUCAACACUCUGCCAGUAACAUUAUCCACUCUUUUCCCACUACUCCCAAAGGGUGAAAAAUAACUGUUAACCCCUCUCAGAGUCAUUAUUUCUUUUUUUGUAGGAUUCUUUGUACAGAGUGGAUUCAGCAAUAUGUUAACCUUCAGUGUGUUUAACUGAUUUCUUAAACAAAAUGUCAGUUUCCCUCAGCUGAUUUGUCCUUGACAAUUUGUUCUCAUGAUUAUGUGGGAAUGUGGACAUGUAGACAUUCAAGAAAUGUUCAUUUUUUAUGGACUCCUACCAAUAAAUGCUUAAAGGAAAACUAA